CGACUCUGCGCUGUCAGGGCAAGGCUUACUGACAGUAUGGCGGCGGGGUGCAGCUGGAAGGAUGCUACUGUCGCCUGUGAUGUGUCUUUCGCCGGUAGGACGUAAAUGGACAAUUAGCGGGAAAAACAGAAGAGGAUUUAGUGAGAAAGGCUUGUCGCCGUGAUCUCCAAAGAUGGCCAGGCUCGCCGACUACUAUCUAGUGGUCACCUACGACCUCGACAAGCGAGCGGAGGGUGAAGGUCAAGGUCGCAUUCUCCAGCGGUUUCCUGAGAAAGACUGGGAGGACAGCCCUUUCCCACAAGGCAUAGAGCUGUUCUGUCAGCCCAGCGGUUGGCAGUUGGUUCCCGAGCGGCAACCUGCCUCCUUCUUUGUAGCGGUUCUGACUGACAUCAACUCUGAGCGUCACUAUUGUGCCUGCUUUACCUUCUGGGAGGGUCUGGACAACCCACAGCUCCAGAAGGCGGCCGGCGAGGUGGACGAGGCCGACGAUGAGCUCACUGUCGUCCAACCAGCUAAGGUCUUCGCCCCCAAGAGCCUGGUGCUGGUGUCCCGACUGGACCACACAGAGGUCUUCAGGAACUGUUUGGGUCUGAUCUACACCGUCCAUGUAGAUGGCCUUACUGUCCCCAUGGAAACGGUGGUUGGAAAUCUCCUCACUUGCGUCAUCCCCAUCGCUGGAGGCUCUCAGCCAGCCGAGCAGGAGAGAGCAGCCAGUUCGAGAACCAUAACAUUAGGCGCUGGCGACCGCCAAGUCAUCCAGACUCCCAUCGAUGACGCACUUCCGGUCAGCGGCAGCACUGUGGCACAGCUCUUCAGACAGCUUGGUAUAAUCAACGUGUUGUAUCUGUUCUGUGCCGCCCUGACGGAACACAAGAUCCUGUUCCUGUCCAGCAGCUACCAGAGACUGACGGACGCCUGCCGGGGACUGCUGGCCAUCAUGUUCCCCCUCAAAUACAGCUUUACCUACGUUCCCAUCCUGCCGGGGAAACUGCUGGAGGUCUUGAGCACCCCCACCCCCUUCAUCAUCGGUGUCAAUUCGUUCUUCCGCUCGGAGACGCAAGAGCUGCUGGACGUGAUCAUCGCCGACCUGGACGGCGGGACCGUGACCAUCCCUGAGUGCGUCCACAUCUCCCUGCUGCCCGAGCCGCUCCUCCAGCAGACCCAGACCCUGCUCUCCAUGAUUUUGGAUCCGGAGCUGGAAGUUGCUGACCACGCCUUCCCCCCACUCUCCACACAACCCUCUGCGCUUAAGAUCCAGGACAAGGAGAUCCGAGGAGUCUUCCUGUGGCUGUUCGCUCGGCUCUUCCAGGGCUACCGCUGGUGUUUACACAUCAUUCGCAUUCACCCAGAACCGGUGAUUCGCUUCCAUAAGGCGGCCUUCCUGGGUCAGAGGUCGCUGACGGAGGACGACUUCCUCAUGAAGGUGUUGGACGGCAUGGCGUUUGCAGGCUUCGUGUCAGAGCGAGGGCCUCCUUAUAGAGCCACCGACCUGUUCGAUGACCUGGUGGCCAAUCACGUUGAGCGGAUACGACAAGAGGAGACCUGUCCGCACAAAGUCAUGAACCACGUCAAGGAGCUGGCCGAGAAGCUCUUCAAAAAUGAGAAUCCUUACCCCGCCGUUGCGAUGCACAAAGUGCAGCGACCGUCUGAAAACAGCCAGAACAAUGCACGGAGUCAGACGCCGUUCCCCAUGCUGGACGAGGUGACGGUUGAGCUCUUCAUCGACCACGCCGCCGCCAAACUCAAGACCGCGCCUCCUGUGGUCAAGGCAGAGCUCAUGGGCAUGGUGCCGUCUGGGCCCCCGCUGGGAGACACCGUGGACAGGAACGGCAACGUGAUGGCCAACAGCGCCCGCAGGCUGGAGGUGGUCAGGAACUGCAUCACAUACAUCUUUGAGAACAAGAUGCUGGAGGCCAAGAAGUUGAUGCCAGCUGUGCUGCGGGCGUUGAAGGGUCGGGCAGCCCGGGUGUGUUUGACCCAGGAGCUCAAUCAGCACGUCCUGCAGAACCGAGCUGUGCUGGAUGAUCAACAGUUUGACUACAUUGUCCGAAUGAUGAACUGCACCUUACAGGAUUGCUCACAUAUAGAUGAGCAUGGUAUAGCAGCUGCCCUCCUUCCACUGGUCACAGCCUUCUGCAGAAAAAUGGGUGCAGGCAUCACACAGUUUGCCUACAGCUGUGUUCAGGAGCACAUGGUGUGGGCCACCAUGCAGUUCUGGGAGGCCAUGUUCUACACCGACGUCCAGAGCCACAUCAGAGCUCUUUACCUGGAGACGGAAGAGGGGGAGCAGCACAACAACCAUGAUGAGCGGGACGGGUUGGGUGACGGGAGGGAAAUCAGUGCCCUAGAGCUAGCAUCAGAACAGAGCCGGCUGUGGCCCACUCUCAGCAAGGAGCUGCAGACGGAGCGCGUGCAGAAGGAGGAGAGCACGGUGUUCAGCCAGGCCAUCCACUACGCCAACAGGAUGAGCUACCUGCUGCUGCCGCUAGACACCAGCAAGAAUCGCAUGCUGAGGAGCACCGGCCUCGUAGACGUGGAGAGCGUCAGCAACAGCUACGUCACAAACAGUAUUGCGGGCAGCAUGGCGGAAAGCUACGACACGGAGAGCGGCUUCGAAGACGCAGAGAGUUCGGACGUGGCAAACUCCGUGGUGCGCUUCAUCAACCGCUUCGUGGACAAAGUGUGCAACGAGAGCGGGGUGACCAACGAGCACCUUAAGGCCCUCCACACCAUGAUACCAGACAUCGUUCAGAUGCACAUUGAGACGCUGGACGCAGUCCACCGGGAGAGCAAGAGACUGCCUCCGAUCCAAAAGCCCAAACUGCUGAGGCCGACGCUUUUGCCCGGUGAGGAGCUGGUGAUGGACGGCAUGCGGGUCCACUUGAUACCUGACGGUCGCGAAGAGGCCAUGGGGCUGAUGGGAGGUCCGCCCCUGCUUCCUGCCGAGGGCGCCAUCUUCCUCACCACCUACAGGCUGAUCUUCAAGGGCACGCCCAACGACCCGCUGGUGGGUGAGCAGGUGGUGACUCGCUCGUUCCCCAUCGCCUCUCUGACCAAGGAGAAGAGGAUCUCAGUCACGUUACCCAUGGACCAGUUUAUCCAGGAGGGGCUCCAGCUACGCUCCUGCACCUUCCAGCUGAUGAAGAUUGCGUUUGACGAGGAGGUCGCGUCUGACCUGGCCGAGAUUUUCCGGAAGCACAUGCACAAGCUGCGCUAUCCUCAGCACGUGCAGGGCACCUUUGCUUUCACCGUGGGUCAGUGCGGGAAGAUGGUGGUGGAGCACAAGACCAAGGACAAGAACCAGUCACUCAAGACACUUUCCAAAAACCUGGUGAAGAGUGCCAAAAGGACCAUCGGCCGACAGUAUGUGACCAGGAAAAAGUACUCUCCCCCCACCUGGGAGAACCGGAGCAGUUUCCAGUCGGAGUUGGAUGAGGAUGAAAUCUCAGUUUCAGAGGAGGUGGACCAGAGCUCCCUCACCCUCUCCUCCACCAUGCGCUCAUCCGACAGGCAGACCAUGAGCAACGUCGUGGAGCGAGCCUGUUGCCGCGACUACCAGCGCCUUGGCCUGGGCACGCUCAGUAACAGCCUGACGCGCUCCAAAAACGAGCCGUUCCGGAUCUCCACCGUCAACCGCAUGUACACCGUCUGCAGGAGCUACCCGGGUCUGCUGAUUGUGCCUCAGAGCAUCCCAGACACAACCAUUCAGAGAAUCUGCCGCUGCUACCGUCAGAAUCGCUUCCCUGUAGUUUGCUGGAGGAAUCCGCGGACAAAAGGGGUCCUGCUGCGAUCUGCAGGCCUCCAUGCUAAGGGGGUGGUGGGCUUCUUCAAGUCACCCAACACCCCUGCGUCAGGGCCGUCGCAGGCCGACUCCAUCAGUUUGGAGCAGGAGAAAUACCUGCAGGCCAUCAUCAGCUCCAUGCCUUCUUACAGCGAGAGCAGCGGAAGAAACACACUUAGCGGCUUCACCUCCACUCAUAUGAGCACCUCUGACUCCUCCGACAAGCUGAGGCAGCCAAAGAUCGGCGCUCUGAUGAAGCAGGUGAUGGGCGCCAAAGAGGAAGCCCCCGGAAACUUCAGCAGAGGAGCUCUGGGUCAAAGGGCGAAAGUCAUCUCCCUCUCUCAGCCCAAAGUGUCUGGGAAGGCUAGGAACACUCCUAGAGGUAAAUGGGGCAGCAUCCGGGGCAGCGGGCGCCUAAGUGCCUACAACCCAGACGUGGGGACACGUCUGGCAGGGAAGGAAUCGCCGCAGCCCAACGGAGGGCCGAGCGAGGCGCUGUUUCUUCGCCAGCAGAAGGCCUACCUCUACAUCAUCGGAGACAAGGCCCAGCUCAAGGGUGGCAAGCAGGACUCGUUCCAGCAGUGGGAGGUGGUUCCCAUUGAGGUCUGCGACGUGCGGCAGGUGAAGAACAGCUUCAAGAAACUGAUGAAGGCCUGCGUGCCGAGCUCCUCGACCUCUGACCCCAACAUGAGCUUCCUGCGCUGCCUGGAGGAGUCGGAGUGGAUGGCUCUGCUCCACAGGGUGCUGCAGGUGUCCGUGCUGGUGGUGGAGCUCCUUGAUUCAGGCUCAUCCGUCAUGGUCAGCCUGGAGGACGGCUGGGACGUCACCACACAGGUGGUGUCUCUGGUGCAGCUGCUGUCCGAUCCGUACUACCGGACGUUUGAUGGCUUCCGGCUGCUGGUGGAGAAGGAGUGGCUGUCGUUUGGCCACCGGUUCAGCCACCGCGGAGCGCAGACCCUGGGCAGCCAAAACAGCGGCUUCACCCCUGUCUUCCUGCAGUUCCUGGACUGCGUACACCAGAUCCACCUGCAGUUCCCCAUGGAGUUUGAGUUCAGUCAGUACUACCUUAAAUUCUUGGCCUACCACUACGUGUCCAAUCGCUUCCGCACCUUUCUGCUCGACUCCGACUACGAACGCAUUGAGCUGGGAGUGCUGUAUGAGGAGAAAGGAGAGAGGAAAAGCCCUCAGGUGUGCAAGUCUGUGUGGGACUACAUCGACCGACUCAAUAAGAAAACACCGGUCUUCUACAACUACAUGUUCUCUCCUGAGGACGAGGAGGUUCUGCGGCCGUACACUUUCAACUCCAACCUGAAGGUUUGGGACUUCUACAUGGAGGAGACUCUGUCAGAAGGGCCAUCAUACGACUGGGAGCUAAGGGGCCAGCCGGAGCGCGUGGCAGAGGAGACACUCGAUAAGGCCGACUGCGGCGGCCCCAAAUCGCAGCGCCACAUCGUGUGGCCGUGCUACGACAGCCUGAGCAAAGUGGUGCCCGACGCCAUCACCAAGCUGCUGCAGGACCUGCAGAGUCUGGAGGCGGAGCUCGGCCAGACAUCCGAGAAGUGGAAAGACACGUGGGAUAAAAUAAAGGCCGCGCAAAGAACGGAGUCCAAGCUGGAGAGCAAGCCGUCGUUCUCCAGCUCUUUGCUGAUGUCGUCCAACCUGAGCCACCAGCGGCGCUCUCAGGGCGUCUACCUGCAGGAGAGCGGCGUGGGAUCCUCUAUCAACCUGGCCAUGGACCACGAGACCAGCGCCACCUCCACCCCCGUCGCCGGCCGGCCGAGCACCAGCACACUCUACAGCCAGUUCCAGAGCACGGAGAGCGAGAACAGGAGUUUUGAAGGCAUCCUCUACAAAAGAGGGGCAUUGUUGAAACCAUGGAAACCACGGUGGUUUGUGCUGGACAAGACCAAACAUCAGCUGAGAUACUACGAGAGCCGACAGGACAAAGAGUGCAAAGGAGUGAUCGAGUUGGCCGACGUCGAGUCCGUCAUUCCAGGCACGCCCACCAUGGGAGCGCCGAAAAAUAUAGAAGAGAAAGCUUUCUUUGAUCUCAAGACGACCAAACGAGUGUACAAUUUCUGCGCCCAGGACAGCCAGAAGGCGCAGCUGUGGAUGGACAGUGUGCAGAGCUGCCUGUCGGACGCCUAGGGAGGAGGCAGGACUCUUUUAUUGUUUGAAUUUUAUAAAAGGGCGCGAUGCACCCGGAGAUGAAUGAGCCGCCCGACGGGGCCGAUCCCAGGGGCCUUUCACCACUUGUGCUCCGGGCUGUUGGAUAGUGUCAAACUAAUUACUUUGCGUCACCACGUUUCAGUGUUUUUGUUAUACAAAGAAUAUCAGAAAAAGUACAAAAAAAAAAUAGCAUUGUCCAUGGCGAACCACUUGCUGCCAGCUCUCACCCCCACCCGCCGCCCCUCUCCGAAAGUCCGACCACUCCGCACACGUGUCUGCGUCUGCGUGCGGGUCAACAAAAGCCAAUGAAGGAGGAGCUGCGGACGCUCCAGCCUCGACGCGGGGAACCCAGGCCACGGAGCGCCGGCCCAGAACAACCCCCCCCCCCCCCGAGAGCUUGUGUACGGAGCGCUGUCCUCACUGCCGCUCGCUGCCUGACGGAGCCUUUCAGAGGAGGGGGGGGGAAAGGAGGUUGCUCCCCACGCAGUAUGAAGGAUUUCUUUCACAUUUGUACCAUACAUCUAUAACACACACAUCCUGUGGGAGCCAUGCAUCAUUGUCAGAGAUCAAACCAGGAGAGUCUGUCAGGUAUUGAGUGUGAUGGUGAAACUGUCACUGAGUGUUUACAAAGUAGACCCCCCCACACCCCCCCCCCCCCUGAACUCUGCCCACUUUUUUUUUCAAUCAGUAACGACAAAAAAAGGAUGGAUUUUUACUUGUAUCCAUAUCUAUCAAAAAACAAUCUUUGGAAGGAUAUCUGAAGGUGGGACAUUUAGGUGGAGGGAUACUAAUGAACCGAGUGAUAUUAUGGGAUGCUUCGGAAAGACUAUGGUUAUUUUAUUGUAGCCCCGGACUCAGCACAGUGCUCAAAGCGUUGUAUGAAUGUCCACAUAUUUUUCAACCUCAGUCUUAUUUUCAUGAUAGGACAGUGUGAAUGUGUAUUUGGUUUUCUGGAGUUGUUGGACCAACAGAGGAUUAAGCUGUGUAUCGAUGUGAGCCGUGUCAGACACAGAAAAGUAGCCCUUGAUUAGCUGGUGUAGCUAAGCUCAUGCUAACGUAAUGAAGCAGGGGCAGCUAAUCAUCUGUAUGGUUAAUGUCAUUUAGCCGGCCAAGUUGCACUAAAAGUAGAUCCCUACGCAGUUCGCUAUCCAAGGGUCUACUUUCUGUUAACUUUUUUUAGGACUAGUUGUGAAUAAAUUGAGGUUCGUCUGGGGAACCACCUUUUUCAAAAAAAACUCAGCUUUUCUUGAGCUGAGAAAAUAUUGUAUCUUUCUGUCAGUGACUUGUUAAUGCUCAUGAUGUCAUUUUAAAAAGUUGUAUUUUUAUGUCGGUCCGACUAUGGAAGUAAGACUUGGGUUGAUUAAAAAAAAAAAGUAAUUUCCUUUAAAGGGUGCUACCAUAUUCGCUUCGAACACAUCACGUGUCUCAGAUAUGGAGGUGAUGCUUAGAGCCCCCCCCACCCCUCUUCUCCUCCUCUGUGUCACCAUGGUUACCUCCGGCUGCACCGUGGACACGGAUGUCUGCGUCUGUCGGGGCGCUGCAGUGACACUGUACAGUCAGCUGGAAGCUUUGUUUUGUCCCACUACACCCUACCCCACCCCCCGCCUUCCUCCACACACACACAAACAACCCACCCACCCUUGUGACCACAAACCAUGCUAUGUAAGAUAAGGUUCUACUGCUGUCUUUGUCCAAACUUCAAAUUUGACAUUGUAGAUUUUUCUUGUGUCUAAUAACUCCUUUGUAUAUACUACUCCAGAUUUGUAUGUAACGUUUAUGGUAGUAAUUUAUUUAACUGGUCUCCUCAGUAAGAAAGUUCCUCAAGCACCACUUUAUUUUUAAAUUCAACGUGCCAUUUGUUUAUUUCUGUAUUGUGACUAAUGCUUUUUUAUGUUAUCAAGUAAACCCUCAAUAUUAUUUUUUUUGUAAAAGCGGUUGUCCUUACACAACACCGGCCGAUAUUGCAAGGGUGGAGAGGGCGUGUUUAGUGGAGCAGGACCCCCCCCCCCCCCCCCCCCCCAGGUCUGAGGUUGUUGCUCACCCCGUGAUUGGACUCUCUGGGUCCAGGCACAGACUAAGGAGGUUCUCCUGGGGCUGGUUCUGCUGACUGGCUGCUGCUGCUGCUCCAUGGGCCUCUUUCAGGAAAUAGUCAAUGACCAGGAUGCCUCAAUAAUUACACAAAGAACACAAGGUAGUCCAUGUGAAGUACUAAACAGAUACCGAGCAUGCUUUUAUGGUUUAAUAUGCAUUCUGUAUGUUUAGCACGGUUCAAUCCCCUCUGGUUGGAUGUUGUAAUCGCCUUGUAACAGGUUCAUAGCGACAUCACAGUGACAAACGGGUCCUCUACUACGGCGAGGAGACACGUGAUUCACAGGGGACGAGUUUAAAUUAGAGACUGAUCCGAUAUACAACAUGGAUGACGAGUGAAAAGCUACGUGACAGAUAAGUGACGAGGGGUGGGGUAAUAUUCUGAGAGGGAAUUUUUAGUGAUUCAAAUUGAAAAAAUGUAGGUAAAAGAAACGUAUUUACAAGAAGCAAAUUGUGUGGUUUUCUUCUCAAUCUGCCCCGUUCACAGUAACUUGUCUUCUAAGUCUGUGUUUAUGCGAAAUGGUGACCGGGAAAAAUCAUAAGUACUUCAUCAAUAAAUAUCGAUUGCAAAGUAUAUCUUCAUUAGUCAUACAUUGCGGGCAUAACCAAAUGUGGGUUGAAGAGUUUUUUAUUUUUAAAUAAAGUUGUUACUCGAAUCGCAGAGAAUUUCAGAUUUUUAUUUUUUUGAGUUUAAUUUAAGAAUUUCUUUUAACCAGAAUGUUAUCUGCCUCCAUAAUAUUCAUUUAAUUAGUUCACAUACAUGCCAUUAAUAUCCCAAAUAAUUUAAUGGUACUGCUUGAUCCAAUCCGUAAACUACAUUAUAUGAAAAGUCAUAUAAUGUAAUGUAUAAAGUUUUCAUUGGCUUGUUAGCAACCUGCCACAUUGGUUCGAUAUACUGGAGGUCUGGGACCAGCGGACCUGAGGCACGCAUUGCGCAUGGUUCACUGUGGCUGUAGGUGUAGGCCGAGGAACAGUCGGAGCGCAGUGACAGCAGCAGGACCGGCCCGUAGGAGGACUCUGUGUGUUGGGACUGCAUCCAGGCAGAGCCGGCUCACCUUUUCAAUCUAGUGUACUCAUCUCUUUGUGGUAAUGCUCUACAGAAGCUAAGAUUAACCAUCACCACCUGACGUAAGGCUUUUAAUUUAUUUUCUUUUUUUCUUUUUUUGUUUGGAAUUAGAAAUGACUUUCUGAGCCGGGUUAUGUUGUCAAUCAUGUCAAUAUAGUUUUUAGAAUCCAAAUAAAAACUGGAUUUAAAUGUU